ACCAACUGAGAAAUAAUGUCUUCAAACAAAGUCGUAACUGUUAUCGCUGGGAUGCCAGAAGAUUUGGUAUUUGCGCAUGCAUGUUAUGUUGCUAGCAAUUUAUCGGAAAUGUUACCGAAUUUCCAUUUUCAUAAAAUCUGCAAGAAAAAAGGCUUGUGGGAGCCGUGGUUAAAUCAAAUCUGUAAGAAAUAUAAAUGGUCUCAUACAAAAUCGCCUUUGAUCUGGCGUGAGGUAGCAAUGCGACAUGGAAAUGCUACUUAUAUUGGAGGUGCCAGUGAAUUUUGGGAAUUUAUAUAUGAAUAUUACGGUAUAGAUUCGUGUUUAUCAAGGGAUGAACUUAAAGCACUCAAACUUGACAUUUUGGAAGCAUACGAAGUUGAGAAUAUGAUAGCAAGUUCCAAAAUAAAGCAGAAACGACAUUGUGUCACAAUAAUAGGAGCGGGUAGAUCGUUAUGUCCAGAUCUUGUAGCUCAAUUAGUAUUGAUAAAAGAAUUAUGGCUGCACUGUGGUGUUAUUAUAAAACUAUAUGAUGAUCCUGGUCAUUUUUUCAAAUUGAAGGAAAUUGUUAAAGAUACUUCAGCAAUUGGAGGAGGUUUAUGUGCUACAACAAUUGCACAGAGCAUGUCAAAAGCUUUAGAAGAUUCUGAUAUUGUUUUAGUAUUGGAUCAUUUGAUAAGAGAAGAUAAUGAAUCAUCAGAGAAUUGGUUGAAUCGAAAUCGCAUGGUGACAAUUAAAUUUGCAGAUGAAAUAAAUAAGGAAGCAUCUUCCGAUUUGAAAAUAAUAUUUUGCUCUACUGGCCCCACAUGUUUUUGUGCCGCUGUUCUUCUUGAGGCUGUUCCAAAAUUAAAGAAAACUAAUAUUGUGGCAGUGAGUGCACAUUACGGUCUUGAAAUUUUACAUAGCUUAACAGAUCCACUUGAUUUGCCAUUAAGAGAGUUUUAUUGUCCUCCUGUGUGGGGUUUCUUAGGUGUUAAUCAGUAUGUUGAUAUUUGGCAUAUAAUUCAGCAGCAUGAAGUGUACAAGCCCAACAAUAGGGCAUUUAAAUUUAGUACGGAUUCAAGUUUACCACUAGGUACAAAACAUACUGAAUACAGGUGGUCCUUUUAUAUGGCACAUAAUGCAAAUCCUUAUGAAAUUCUUGCCGCUCGCAAGGCAAAAGCAAGUUAUCUAGUCGGCCGUACAGAAGAUUAUCAAAAAUGCAAAGCUAUUUGUGACUUAUUACAAUUGUGGUAUGACCGUGAAAAUGACACAGGAGAUGAUAUUAUUUCUUUAGGAAUUUGUUCUGAUGGUACUUUUGAUAUACCGAAAAAUAUAUUCUUCUCUCAACCAGUUUACUUAAAAACUUUACAAGAUAAAUCUCGAAUUUGGGUACCAUGUGAAGAUUUCCCUAUGCCAAAUCAUCCUUCCUGGAUGUUCAGAGGUUUGAUAGCAACUGCUAAAACAAUUUCGCAGCGAAUGAUUUAUUCAAAAGAAUCUACUACUUUAUAAAGAAACAAUAUACAAUUUUUAUUUGGUAGCUAGUA